GUCUAACUACAAAAAGUUUAAUAGUGAGGUAAGUAACCUAUACAUUGAAAGAUAUGUUAAUAAAUAAAUCUCACAGAAAAUAAAAAUACAUUAUUAUAAAUAGAUUAAAAUUAUAAUCAACUAAAAAUACUAUUUGAAACUAUUAAAUUGAUUUACUAUUAUCGUUAUUUCAAGGAACUUACAUAGGAUUAGGUGAACAGAACAAUUCUUGGCCAUUUGACAACAUUGCAUUGAUUAAUGCAUUACAAAUUGUAUACAAGGCUUUUUUGAUAAUUUUUGAUUCUAUUGUAUUUUUUGAUCACCUCGUAUAUAAUUAAGAUUUGACCAAAUUUAUGACUGUUUUUAUCAUUUUGUGUGAAAAGUAUUUCAAUAAAAGUUUCAACUGUCAACUAUCAUUUGUCUCCUGUCAGAAUUUGAAUCAAUUAUGUCGUUUACUUUGACAGCCAGUGAAAGCAAACUAAUCGUGUUGUAAUGUUGUUUCUAAAAGGACCAAUAACUGUACUGUUUACCUCUAUAGUAUGCAACACCUAAUACUGUAAUAAUACAAUAGACAAGGAAAGCGUGACGUCAUAAAACAAGAUGGUAACACUGGUCUGUUCCAUGGUAAAAUCAGACAUAAACUGUUUCUGAUUGUUUAAGGGAAUUUUACACGGUAUGAUAAGUUGAAGCAAUUUAUCGUAACGAUCAGAUUGUUACAAUUUAUCUUGUUUCCAAGUUAUUUAGUGACGUUUAGACUGUUGCUGUAACAAUGACAAAAAAUGCAAGCAGAUGAACUCGAAAAUUUUUAAUUAUAUUUAUUGAGAAGUUUUACGUAAAGUAGUUCUGGGGUCGAUAACGGUUAAGUGACAUUUGACAGGGUUAUACAUUGUUACGAUUUAUCGUAGCGUGGGAAGCCCCCUUAAAGUUUAUUUACCAGUGAAAGUUUCUUAAAGUUAAAAAAAUGAUACAAGUGACUGUGUUUCACCGUGUUUAUGAAAAUUAGUAGUUAAUAAUACGUGGACGUAUAAAAAAAAAUGUUAAUUUCCAUCAUAUUGAUCUUUGUUUUUAUUUUAACCGCUUUGUUCUAUUACAAUGCGGUUAAACCGAUGAAUUAUUGGAAGAAACGAGGAGUAGUUCAAAGUGAUCCCGUAUGGCUCUUAGGAGAUCAAUGGAAACAAGUGUUCGGAUUAGAAAGUAUCGUGGAUAUGUUCACGAGACUUUAUAAUUUAUCUCCGAAUGCCAGAUAUUGUGGAAUAUAUCAAUUCACCACACCAGCUCUUAUGAUAAGAGAUACAAAGUUAUUAAAAUUAAUUACUGUUAAAGAUUUUGAUCAUUUUAUGAAUCACAAACCCUUAAUUCCGGAUGGUGCAGAUCCCUUGUGGAACAAAAAUAUUUUCGCGCUAAAAGAUCAAAGAUGGAAAAGCAUACGACCUAUUUUAACACCGAGUUUUACCAGUAGCAAAAUGAAAAGCAUGUUUAUUUUCAUGUCGGACUGCGCACAAAAUUUCGUUAAUUAUUUUUUGAAAGAAAGAGGAAAUGGCGACGUAAUCGAUGUUUGUAUGAAAGAUAUUUCGAGUCGUUUUUCUAACGAUGUAAUAGCAUCAACUACGUUCGGAUUGCAGGUGGAUUCAUUCAAAGAUCCAGACAACGAAUUUUAUUAUCGGUGCAAAGAUAUCACGAACUUUGCUACCCCUUGGAGGAUAAUUAAAAUGUUAGGGUUUGCAACUGUUCCAAGGUUAUUCAAGUUUUUCGACGUAAAGUUUUUCGAUAGCGAAUCGAGACAAUUCUUCAUCAACAUUGUUAAAAACAGUAUAAAAAUGAGGAAGGAACACGAUGUGGAUCGUCAGGAUAUGCUCCAUUUAUUACUCGAAGCAAAAAAAGAAGUCGAACAGAAAAAAAAACAGGGGUUAGAUAUAGAAGAAAUUACCGAUGAAGACAUCACCGCUCAUGCGAUGAUAAAUUUUUUCGCUGGAUUCGAAUCUAUUUCAACUUUAAUGACGUUCAUGUCUUACGAAUUAGCCAUUCAUCCGGAUAUUCAGAAUAGAUUACGGGAAGAAAUAGAUGAAGGAUUUCAACAGUGUAAUGGAAAGUUGACUUAUGAAGUGCUCAUGAAGAUGCCUUAUUUGGAAAUGGUUAUUUCAGAAACUCUUCGAAAAUGGCCGAACUUUCCAGAAGCCCACAGAGUUUGUACAAAAAAAUACGUAAUAGAACCAGAAUAUCCUGACGAAAAUCCUUUGGUAAUAGAAGAAGGAACAGCCAUAUUAUUACCCGUAUUUCCAAUCCAACGUGACCCUAAAUAUUUCCCAGAUCCGGAUCGUUUCGAUCCAGAAAGAUUCAGCGAAGAAAAUAAAAACGCUAGAGACUUUUACUGCUAUAUGCCGUUCGGAUUAGGUCCGAGAAAUUGCAUAGGGGCGAGAUUUGCGAAUCUAGAAGCCAAAGUUUAUUUCGCAUACGUUCUGCACAGCUUCGAGAUAGUUCCAACUGCAAAAACUGUGAUACCUGUUAAACUAUCCAACCAGAAUUUCAAUGUUCACGCCGAAGAUGGAAUAAAUGUAGGUUUGAAACCUUUAUAUACAUAAUUAAAUUUUUUUAUUCAAACUUAAUAUAAUUAUCUCAUUUUUUGUUACUAUAUCUACCUUUAUUAUCAGUUUAUUCGUAAUAUCUUCCAUUUUAUUUUAUACAUUUGAAUUAUUUCGCCAAUAAAAAAGUAUUUCACAA